CCAGUGGGACAAGUGCUUUUCAGCUGGCAGUUCAUAGCAGCUUCUGCUCCUUCUCAACUCUCAUUGUGUGGAAACUCAGAAGAUGCUUUUCUGAGCUCUUGGUUUUCUCAACAUUCAGAUCAUGGUUCUUAUCAUGAGUGGAAGGAGAGGAUGAAUGAGUGUGCUAGGCCAGAGAGUAUAGCCCUGCUAUGUUCUCCUGUGGUCCCUUUAUCAUCUGAUUAAACCUAUAGUCAACUGACAUCUACCACAGGCCGUUGGAUGAAGUUAAAAUGGCCUCUCACAAGCAAAGCUUUCAAUGCUUUGACACCAUCACGGACGACCCAUCUCUCAAGACCCCUUUCCCCCAUGGACACUGCUCCUCAGCAUCCUUCAGAGGCUCAUCCGGCUCGACUAGACUGGAGUCGCUGGAGGAUCAUGGAUGCUAUCUCUGUGCCGAUCACCAGCAGGCCAAGGCGAUGGCUUCAGAGGCCACAGGAGCUUACUCGAACCCAUGGUAUCAUUUCCAGACACAUCCACACUCUCAGCAGUAUACAGUCAGGAGGCCCACUCGACCUGAGGAAGCUCCUGGGCAGGUUGAAGAUCACCACCACCACCACCAUCACCAUCAUCACAGGCACUCCAGGAAGAUUGUACUUGUGAAAAACAGCGACCCCUCUGUCCGGAGGACCAUCGUGCUGCACCGCAGGAGCCUGCGUAGUCUGGUGCUCUUCAUGGACGAGGUCUCUGAACUCAUGCAGUGUCUCAUCAGGAAGCUCUACACACUGGAAGGCCACAAGAUUGACAGUGUGCAAAGUCUGCUGCAGUGCCCGAGCAUUUUGGUUUGUGUGGGACGUGAGCCUUUCCACCCACUCCUGUUGGACAGCUUCAGGAAGAACUCUUAUGACAAACUUCCAAGACUGAACACAAAGCAACGCUCUAGUGUCUGCAGUGAUGAAAAGGGGGCCAAGAAAAAUGUCAACUUUGGACUUAAAACUAAAAGAAGUGUCAUCCAUCCAAGGUGUGAUUCAAGCAACAGAUCAGCAAGACUAUUCAUCUCAUCUGAAAAGUUGUUUCCCAAUGGACUUAACUCAUUACCACCAGGGCACAGAGGUGCUUGUCCUCAUCCAGGAGAAAAUACGAUGGAUGAUGACAUUGAAAAGCGAGUUCUGGUCAACAAAGACGGAAGCCUGUCAAUGGAGAUGAAAGUGCGCUUUCGACUAUUACACAACGAGACAUUGCACUGGUCCACAGAAGUGAAGAAGGCAAAGAGCACUUUUAAUGAAUCCCAUAUUGUAGCUGAUGAUGCUUGUUCCCUCUCGCAUGGCAGUGCAGAGAGCUGCUCAGAAGCGGAUUCUCUCUCUGCUGGCAAUGGCGAUCUAGCAGAUGAGACAUACAGCACCAAACGUUACCAGAGACACUUUGAGGAGCCUCAUUGCCAGCACUGUUGUGCUCACUGUCAGGAAUAUGAUAUCUGGAAGAAUCCUGUACCUCCUGAUCAAGGAUCAGUAAGAAGAAUCAGAUCUUCAAGCUCAAGUGCGUCCUCGCGGAGAAUAGUGCGCAAAAAGGCAUCUACUGACAGCAUACGCACAAUGUCCAGUGAGGAGUACACAGAGCAUGUAGUGGAAAAGGCAACUUGCAUUCAACGGACCUUUGGGCAGCAGGGUGACUCCACCGUUGAACAAUGUACCAUCAACCAUUGCCACAGUCGAAGUGAAGUACGCUCAAUGUCCCCUAAAACAAAGAGCACAAGUGCUGUAGAAGACAAGCCUGAGAACACUCAUGUAUCUGAAAAUGACGAGAACAGACCUGAUGUCAUAUCCUCUAACCUCCCUAAAGAUCAGUUAAGUGUUCAGAUUACUCAGCCAGUGGAGGAAGAGGAGAGGCCUGUAUCUGUUGUGAGUUCUUCUUCUCAAAUUUUAGCAUCACUGAAGGAGGAUCAAGAUGAUGAAGAUGUUGACCUUUCUCUGAGCAUCUCGAGAACAUCCCAUGGCCAACAGGAAGAUAAGGAGAGCAAAGAUGCAGAACCAAACCCAUGUUCUACUACACCCUGUAAAUCUCCUGCAUCUCCUGCACAUUUGUCACCAAGACCACCAAGCAAAGCUUCAUCUUUAGGACGGUCUAAAAGAUCCAGAAAGUUGGUCAGUCCAGAAGUAGAUGAUGAAGAGGGCAGGUCUGAAGCAUCUGCUUCACCCAACGCAUCAUCUGGAUUAAAAAAUGUGGUCACCAUGGACUUAGCAUCUCCAGGGGAUUCUGAAUCAAUUGAUCAACUAGAAGACAUUCAACACAAAACUGAUGUGCAAGAUGAAGAAAAAAAAGAAAGGGCACUAAGCGCGCUGUCAGCCAAAUCAAAAACUUCUGUGAAGUCACUGUCUGAGUUAUCAGCCUCUUGUGAGAAUGAAAAUGCCGCUGAGUAUACUGGAGCAAACAGUGAAAUAAUAGAGGAGCGAUCCUCGAGUGCUAUCUCCAUAACAUCCAAUAUCUCUGGAAAAUCAAAUAGAACAAAUGUUUCAGAGGUACUUGAAAAGGAUGGAAGAGCACCCAGUGCCAUGUUAGUAAAAUCUCAGAGAUCUGACAAAUCAAGAAAAACCGACAUCUCAGACAAUGUGUCUGAGGGACAAAUCUCUGAAGUAAGAACAUCAAGUGCUAUGUCUGUUAAAUCAAAUAUGUCCGUAAGGUCAAAAGUAUCAGAUGUUGGCUUUGUUGAGGCUUUACAAGACAAUGUUGAGGAGAGGGCCGUAAGUGCUGUGUCAUCUAAAUCGAAUAUUUCCGCUACAUCUAGUCAGUCUAAAGAGCCACAGUCUGUGCCUGAUGGGGCAUUAGAGGAAAGAAUAGAAGAAAAAGCUUCAAGUGUUAAAUCUGGAACAUCAAACACAUCUGGAAUCAAAGCGGUGACAAAUGAUGAUCAAACAGUGGAGAGGGCUCCCAGCUCCAUUUCGAUAAAAUCAAAUAUUUCUGCAAGAUCAAAAAUGUCAAUUGAGCUGAGCGAGCUUGAAGAUCAAGACAGAGCCCCCAGCAGCAUUUCUGUCAAAUCAAAUGUCUCACAUAAAUCAAAGUCUGACAUGUCAGAAGCAGCAUCUUUCCAAGGAGAUGAAUCUUUAAAUUCAGUGAAAUUAAACACACCUGAAGCUGAAGCAGCUCCUCAAACAGAGCUACCAGGGGAGAGAUCGCCAAGCUCUGUGUCAUCAAAAUCAAAUAUCUCUACAAGAUCCAGAACAUCCAAAAAUGUUGAGGUAGACCAAGACGAAGCACAGGAAAAAGAAGAUGUUCAGGAAAGAGCAUCAAGUGUUAUUUCAGUAAAGUCUACUACAUCUGCAAGAUCAAGGAAAUCUGAAACAACACCAAAAUCAGGAGAAGAAAUGAAGGAACGAGCUCCUAGUGUUAUGUCAGUCAAAUCAAAUGCUUCUUUAAAAUCAAAUAAGUCUAAGAUGGAGGAGGAAAUAUAAAACAGAGCCUCCAGUGUUUUGUCUGUUAAAUCUGAAGAAAAAUCUAAUCAGUCAGACAUAGAGCAAAUGGAGAAAAGACCAUCAAGUGCAAUAUCAGCUAAAUCAAAUGUUUCUGUAAGAUCUAAAGGGUCCAAAAUGUCAGAGGUGGCAGGAGAUGAUGAUCGAUUAUCUGCAGCAGCAUUACAUACCUCUGAAACAUCAAAUGAAUGCAGCACAGCACCUGAAGAAGCCUGCAAAGGCACAGAGAAGUCACCAGACAAAGAGAAAAGAGCACCAAGUGCAUUGUCAACAAAAUCCAGUAACUCUGCUAAAUCCAAGAAAUCCAAAAUAUCUGAUAUGGCUGAUGAUAUUGUAGCUGGAGAUAGAGAUGAUUUGAGAUCUGCAAGUGCAAUGUCCUCUAAAUCGAAUGUAUCUGUGAAAUCAGCGGUCUCAGAAUUGGUCACAGAAGAGCCUUUAGAAGCACAGGACCAAACAGAAGAACGGGCUCAGAGUGCAUUAUCAGCACAAUCCAAUCAGUCAGGAGUGACUGUAAGUGAGGGAGUUGAAGUUGCAGAGGAACGGGCACUGAGUGCCAUGUCAUCUAAAUCCAAUGCUUCUGAAAGACCAAAAAAAUCCAAUAAUUUAAAAGUGCCAACUGCUUUGCCUCAAGCAGCAGAACACCAAACAGUGGAACGAGCUCAGAGUGCAUUGUCAGCUAGAUCAAGUGUUUCAACAAGAUCCAAUAAGUCCAAAAUUUCAGAUGUUUUAGCGGAUAAGCUUGUUGACGUGAAAGACAAAGAAGAAGAGAGAGCUUCGAGAGCUUCAAGUGUUUUGUCUGCAAAAUCCAGCAUUUCCGCAAAGUCAAAGAAGUCAAAUGCUUCUGCAACAGACGUCAAAGCUGAUGACAAAGAAAAAGGAGACAGAGUACCAAGUGCUAUGUCAGGAAGAUCUGAUAUUUCUACCAAAACCAGUAUCUCUGCAAAAUCCAAAGCAUCAAAAGUUUCAGAAGUACCACCAGAGGAGCCUGAUGAUGAAGAAAGUGAAGUAAAAGCACCAAGCAUUACUAAAUCCAGCAUUUCAGUAAGAUCCAAUAAGUCAAAGCAUUCAGAAAUGGGUGCUGAAGAAGAGGUUCAGAACAUAGAGAGACCUCCAAGUGCAAUUUCAGUAAUAUCUGAUGAUACACAUGAUGAAAAUGAAAUGACAAAUGACAGUGAAAUCCAAGAAAGGUCUCCAAGUGCUGCAUCUGCAAAAUCACGUUCCUCUGUAAGAUCCAGAACAUCAAAAGUUUCUGAAAUGUGUAGAGAGUGGAGAGCAUCAAGUACAGCAUCAGUUACAUCUGAAACAUCUGCAAGAUCUAAAAGGUCAAAUAUUUUAGUAGUUGCUCCUAAAGAAAUUGGAAACACAGAUACUGGAGAUGUCCGAGCAUCAAGUGCAAUGUCUGCAAAAUCUUGUGCAUCUGAGAAAUCAAAAUGUUCAGAAAGAACAACUGAGGAGGAUGAAGAAGCAAGUAAAGUGGUAGACAGAACAACCAGCUCUUUGUCUGUGAAGUCAAAUCCAUCCAUAACAUCUGAUGCCACUGUUAAAUCAAGUGUUGUGCCUACUAAAUCAAAUGCUUCUGCAAAAUCCCUCCUCUCAGAAGCUGAAGAGCCUGACAGAAGAUCAACAAGUGUGGCCUCUAAUGCAUCUGCAGAAACUAAAAUGUCUAAAGCAGGUGUGAACACACAAGCAAACCGUUCACCAAGCAAAUUGUCAGUUAAAUCAAAUGUAUCUACAAGAUCCAAGAAGUCUAAAGUUUCUGAGGGUGAGGACCAUACACACACAAACACUGAAGAUACAGAAUUAAACAGAGAUGAGAGUCCGUUGUCCGAUCACUCAAAAGUAUCUCAAACAGAGAACUCAAAUGAAUGUAUUUGUGGUGCAAUAAACAAACCAUCAAGUCCAGUGGCAUCUUCUGAAAAAAACUUCGACCAUGAAGAGAUACCUGCAAGUCCUCUGUCUAAAAAGUCAGCAAAGUCCAAAGUCAGUUCAGUUGGUUCUGCCUCUGAAAGAGUUUUAACACCAACAAGCACCUCAGUUACUAUUGGGAUUGUUGAAGACCAUGAGGCUGAUGAUGUUGAGGAAAUAGAUGGAGGUGCUGUUUCAAUUAACUCAAGAAUGUCUGCUUCUUCAAAGACUGAACUAUGUGGUAAAUCUGACCAGUGUUUAUCAGAAUAUCCAGUAGAAAUCACAAAUGAAGCAACACUGACACCAGAGAAAAGACCUAAAAGUUCUGCAUCAGCUAAGUCAAAUGUCUCAGGUAAAUUGAAGUCCAAAAGCUCUCAUUGCGGCUCUACAUGUCCUACAGACACAAUUCAGGACAGAGAUGAUGUAGCAAGUAAUAAAUCCUCCAAAAUAAAGUAUUUAAUGACAUUAUCUGUAAGCCAACCAUCAGCCAACAGUUCAGUGAGGCAGAGCUCUCAAACCCAGGGGAUUCGUCCAUCUAGCAAAGCUUCCGAUAUGUCUGUACACACUGAAAUCACAGGUCAAGAGAAAGCUGAAAGUCCAGAUGUUACCCAUAAAUCUCAAAGUGUCUGUUCAAAAUGCAGUUCUACACAACAGAAAGGAAAAAUUUCACGUGCUUCAAGUGCCUCAGCAAUCUCAGACUCUGAUAAAUCCAAAAUGAAAGAAGGAAAUACUGCAGAAAUGACUGACAGACCAAAGAGUAAUAUAUCCAGUUCAUCUCGUUUGAAAGUAAAUGGUCAAAAGAAUGAUGUCGAAGCCACAGUUGUUAAUGAAAAAAGCAAUAAAUUAAACACCAAGUCAACACAGAAAGUUGAAGACAAUGCACCCAAGUGUCAUUCAGCGACUUCUGUUACCUCAGGAAACCAGCUAAGUCCUAAAAAACCAAAAAAAUCCAAAAAACCUGUUAUUCUACUUGGAAGCUCUAAUGAUAGCAUGUUAUCGCAGACCGUCCCUGCUCCAGAACCAAAAGAAGAAUAUAUUGACCAUUUGAAUGCAGCAGAAAAAAAACCUCAGUCUUGUAGAUCUGAUACAAAUAUCAGUGAAAUUAAAAGUGAAAAAAGUAGCGAAUGUAGAAAAAUAAUUGGAAGUGGCUCUUCUUGCCACAAGAUGGAUGAUGACAUGUCUGAGCUGAGUCCUUUUUGCUUGCCAAAUGCUUCUCCAACUGAGGUGGUGAAUGAAUGGCUGAGGAAAAUCCCAUCAGACACCACCUUGUGUGAUUUGGGCGACGAAUUCCAUGACAGUUAUGAUUCGAUAGAGCCACUUUGCACAUCACAUGUGCCAUCAGGAGAUGAUAAUCAGCAUGGAAGUUUGCGGCCGAGUGAUGUUACCAAGAUUGAAACACAAAAUGAAAUGGAAGAUGCUCAUGUGGUGAAUACAGAAGGGGCUACUGACAAAAAAUUUCCUGAAGUUGCUGAGGAUGAUCACUCUCAGAGAGGGGAUGAACCAAAGAUGUUUGAUUCUUCGGUUCUGGUGAUGAAAGUCUUGUUGAGCCCCAAACUCGACCGAUGCAAUAGCCUACCAGAGGUAUCUUCUGUAUAUGGACGUAAGCUCAGUGCAUCAGCGCAAGGUCUUCUGGAUUGUUUGGCAAAUCUUCAGUUGUUAGACUUUGGUCCUAGUGAUGAAGACGGUAAAAAGGAAAAAUACCAGGAGCUCAUGAGCAUGCUCAAGUCUCUUUGGCUUUGUGACCCAAAAAACAGUGAAAAGACAUCUGGGGAAAGAAACAAGCGUCUGGAUGAGGAAUUCAAAGCCAGGUCAUCCUCAGGGGUAGAUGUUAACAGUGGCUCAACAGGUUCAGGGAAAAGUAGUGUCAAUGAUGGCACCCAAGCACAAAUCAACACAGAAUGUGAAGUCCUGGAAACCCUGACAAAGGUACAGGAAGUUGAUGAAACAGUAGAAGGGGAAGCUUCAGAAACGCCCGGAUCAAAUGAUGAUUCAGCCACUCCAGAUAUAGCAAAUCAAGCUCAGUUAACCCCAGAGACAAAGGACACAGAUGAAGGAAAGCUAAAAGAUGAUGUCCCAGGCUCUGAAGAGACAAUCAGGAGUAAUGAUAGUCCAAGGGAACUCAUUGAAACACCUCUUUCCUCAAACAAGAGUUCUGGGAAUAAUCCCAAAAAAGAGGAAACCGAAUCAGACCGUCAAGAGGACACAAGUUCAGGCAGUGCUCCAAAACAACAAAGAGGUCAGUUAUCAAAAAGGCUUUUUCAAGACCCAGAUCCUGUAUGGGUUCUGAAUUUAUUGAACAAAUUAGAAAAGCAAUUUAUGACACAUUAUGUUAACGCAAUGGUUGAGUUCAAAGUCCGUUGGAAUCUGAAUGACAACGAGCAACUUGAUGCCAUGAUAUGCGAAUUGCAAGAUGAAGUCCGCAGACGGAUACAAUCGAGUAUAGACAGGGAGCUAAAGAAAAUCCAAGGCAGAGCUGGAAGACCAAGACCACCAAAAGACACAAUGUCACGUGAAUCUACCAUUCAAACAGAGCAAAGGCGAAGACGUCUGAAAGUAAUGCGCAACCAAUCAGUUGAUCCACAACCUGCUAAAAGUGACGAUGAUUAUACAAUGACAGGAACCGAUUUCAGCGAUCAACGUAGCGAUGAUGAAUAUUGUCCUUGUGACACAUGCUUGAAAAAGAAAAUGGCAUCCAAGCAUGUGUUACCUGUGGAAAUGCUUAAUUCUGCCCCUGUGAUGAUGGACUUUGAUUUAAGAAGAAUUCUCCAGAUGAAGAAAUCGUCUCCAAACAAUGAAAAGAUUGAGGAGACUGCCAAUGAACAAGCAAGUGAGAUGGAAGGAGAAAAUGCAGGGCUUGAGGCUGUCAAAGAAGAGGAUGAGAAAGAGGGGGCAGAUAAAGAAAUUCUUGCUUCCAGUGCUCAAGAAAUUGAAGAUGAAAAACAAGAAUGUGAGGAGGGUGAAGAAGAAGACAGUGCCUCUAGCUCUUAUGUAGAAGAUAGUUCAGAAAAACAAUCAAAUACACCCAGACAUUUAAAGAGAGAUGUGGAUGAAAUUGCUGAGAUGUCUGUUAACACAAUGACUGUGCAACAAGAUGAAGAGCAAGAAGAGACUGAGACUAAUUCUGAUUUAAUGGCUGUCAAAGAAAGUGCAAGCAGUUGUAAGAUUAAUGAAUUAGAUGAAGACCUGGCAAAUGAUGACGUUAGUGAAUUUGAUGACAUAAUGCAAACUGAAGCAGCAAAGGAGGAAGCAUCUGAAGAACACACUGAGGACGAAUCAGAACAGCAGGACAAGACAGCUGAUGAUGAAACUGCUGAAGAAGGGCAAAACACAGGAACCGAAUCUGUUGAAGAGGGUGAGGCCACUGCUGAAGCAGUAGCUGCUGGAGAGAAUGACAUAGCUGGUUGUGACACUGCAGGAGAAGGUGAGACAGCUGAGGGUGAGACAGCAGAAGAUGGACAAAUGGCUGAAUACAAAACUUCAAGAGAUGGUGAGGCAGCAGAAGAUGAAACUGCAGAAGAUGGACAAACUGCAGAAGCAGAAAGCACUGCAGAAAAUGGACAAACUUCUGAAGAUGUAACUGGAGAAGAAUGUGAGACUGUUAAUGAUGACAAUGCAAAAGAGCAUGAGAUGGCUGAAAAUGAAGUUCUGGAAGAUGGACAAACUGCCGAAGAUGAAACUGGAGAAGAAGGUGAGACCAUUAAUGACGAGAUUGUAGAAGUGCAUGAGACAUCUGAAAAUGAAACUGCAGAAGAUGGACAAACUACUGAAGAUGAAACUGUAGAAGAAGGUGAGACCGUUAAUGAUGAUACUGCAGAAGUGGAGGAGACGGCUCAAAGUGAAACUGCAGAAGAUGGACAAACUGCUGAAGAUGAAACUGGAGAAGAAGGUGAGACAGUUAAUAAAGACACUGCAGAAGAGCAAGAGACAGCUGAAAGUGAAACUGCAGAAGAUGGACAAACUGCUGAAGAUGAAACUGGAGAAGAAGGUGAGACAGUUGAUAAAGACACUGCAGAAGAGCAAGAGACAGCUGAAAGUGAAACUGCAGAAGAUGGACAAACUGCUGAAGAUGAAACUGGAGAAGAAGGUGAAACGGUUAAUAAAGACACUGCAGAAGAGCAUGAGACAGCUGAAAGUGAAACUGCAGAAGAUGGACAAACUGCUGAAGAUGAAACUGGAGAAGAAGGUGAAACGGUUAAUAAAGACACUGCAGAAGAGCAUGAGACAGCUGAAAGUGAAACUGCAGAAGAUGGACAAACUGCUGAAGAUGAAACUGGAGAAGAAGGUGAGACAGUUAAUGAAGACAGUGCAGAAGAGCAUGACAUUACUGAAGACGCUGCAGAAGUGCAUGAGAGAGUUGAAAAUGAAACUGUAGAAGAAUGCCAAACUGAAGAUGAAACUGGAGAAGAAGUUGAGACAAUAAACAACGACACUACAGAAGAGCAUGAGACCGCUGAAAAUGGAGAAAGUGAUGAAGAUAAAACUGCAGAAGAAGGUGAGACGACUGAAGAUAAAACUUCAGAAGAUGGACAAACUGCUGAAGCAGAAACUGUUGGAGAGGAUGAAAUAACUGAAGAUGAAACUGCAGGGGAGGGUGAGGCAUCAGCUAAAAAUGAAUCUAUAGAAGGAGAGACUGCUGAAGCUGAAACUGAGAGCAAUAUAGGUGAUGAUGAAACUGCAGAAAAGAGUGAGACAGCUGAUAACAACACUGUAGAAGAGCAUGAGACGGCUGAGAAUAAAUCUGUAGAAGACAGGCAAGCUGAAACUGCAAGAGAGAGUGAUUCAGCAAGAGAGGGUGAGACAGUUGGUGAUGAACCAGCAGAAGAUGAGCAGAAUACAGAAGCUGAUGCAGGCGAGGGAGAUACAGCUGAUAAUGAAGCUGUAGAUGACGAGCAAACUGCUGAAGAGAGUGAGACAGCUGAAGAUGAAACAGAAGCAGAGAGAGAUACUGCGGAGGGGACAUCGGUUGAAGAAAGAGGAACUGAUGUACAAAGAGCCAAUGAAGAUGAAGACAACACAGAUUAUUCAGGAACUGCAGGAGGUGUGUCAGUUGAGGAAAAAGAGACUUCUGAAGUAGAAACAGCAGAUGAGAGGACCACUGAAGCUGAAACUGAGAUGUCUGAAGAGAAAGCUACUGUUGAAGAUAGCAACACGGCUGUAGACAAGAAUGCUGUGGUAGAGUUGGCAGAGCAAACUCCUGAUCAUGAGACGACUGGAGAAGAGACGGACAAGAGUCAGUCAAAUGAUGAGGAAGACAGGGAAACUGUCAGUUGUGAAGCAGAGGAGGAUGUUCUUUCUCACAUUGAGGACACUGAGAGUCAUGAUGUCUUGACUAAUCAUGCGGUAAUUGAAGAUGAAACACCCCUUAAGAACAAUGGUGACAUUGUUCUAGAUAGUGUUGAUGAUAAAGGUGAAGAAAGUGAUAAAGAAGAUGAUAAUGUGGAGGUAAUGGCAAACAAAGCUGGUUAUGUGGCCAACACUGGUGAAUCAGCUGAAGCUGGUGAUGAAGCUGAGGAUGACACAGAGCCAGAUGUGGAGACAGAUGAAGGGGAGCAUAAUAGGAACGCUCUACCUUUACAGCCUCUGUUACAGCCAAAACCGAAAGAUGACAAACCAGAUGGAGCAACUUCAUUUAAUGUUUUGGUAAAGCACAAUUCAGAGUUUGAAGAUGGUGCCGAUGCUGAUGUAGAAGACUCAGAAACAGAAGAACACAACCAAGUCAUAGAUUUGAGUUCCGAGUCAGAGAGCAAGCCACAGAGGAAAACUGCACAUAAAACCUUCAAGAUGCUCAUUCACACUCUGAAUUUCCUCAAACUCUCAGCCGCUGGACUACCAAAGAGCAGGGAAGAGGAUAAUGAACAUGAGGUUGAAGAUGAAGAGAUUCCAGAAGACGGCAGUGAUGAUGCAGAAGAGAGUUCCUGUGUGGAGAAAGAUGAGGUGGAAGAGAAUGGAAAGGAGAAGGGCAAACUCUCAGAUAUUACAGAGGACACAGCAGAAUCUGAGGAGGACCAGACAAAUGAGACUAGUGAUGAUUCAGAGGACCAUGAAUGGGAAUCAUCUGAAAAUUCCUUGCAAAAGCAGAUGAUAAAGUCAUCCCUGGAAUCUCAGCCAGGUUCCUUUGAGGAAGUUCACGAGGAACAGGCAAAAAAUCAGAAAGGUUUAAAUCAUCUGAAAGCCAACUGGUAGAAUCCUUCUUCAGCAUAAAAGAAAAGAACCAAAGAUGCUCUUUAGCAUGUAAAAAUGGUUCCAGAGGGGUUAUUUCUCUAUUAUCCUUAGACCUUAUAAUCAUUAUCAUAAGUUAGCCCUUUGGAUUCCUUAUUUUAUUUAUCAAAGAGUAACAUAUAAUGCACUUUACUUAUUAUUCACUUGUGAUUCCAUUAUAUAUGCAGAUUAUAUAUGCAAAAGCACAGCAUUACUGCUCAGGUACUGUAAAAAGGGAACUGCUGAAACUUGAACAGCACAUAAAUCUCUUCUAACUUGAUGGAAGGAAAAUUGUUUAGAAUUUUAGUAUAUUUAUGUCAGAACAACAUAUUGCAGUUAUUUAUAUAAUUCACUCAGUUGUAAGCCUUAGCCAUUGGAGGGACUGUUGACAAGGGUUAAUUAUGCAUCAUAGUUACUGUAUCAUACUGUAUAUGUAUGUACUGCUAUACAAAUGUUCCACAGUGUAAAUGAAAAAUCACACAUCAGAGUGACAUGUAAUGGAAAUCAGGGGCAUAAACUGUGGUUAUGAGUGCACGAGAAUGAAUGUAUAUUGAACAUAUUUGAAUCUGAAUGUUUGUUUCAUUGUAGCAAUAUGAAUGAUCUAAUUUACUCGUAGGUUGCUUGUGGGAGAGCAUACCUUUAAAAAACAAAAAAUUUUUUAUCCCUGCUAAAACAUGAGAUGUCCAUUCCAUCUGACUUAGUCAGAAUAUGUAUACUAAUGCUUACUUUUAAAGUAAGUGCACUUAAUGCAGAUGUAUAUGAUUGACAUCACCAGAAAUCACCAAUAUGCAGCAUAUUGUGUAUUAUAAGGAUUGAGGUGCACACAUCAAGCCAUGCCUUAGAUGUUUUGCCACAUAAAGAACUGUACAUCUAAUGGACUAUGUUGUCUGUUUUGUUCACACAAAACUCUAAUGUAAAGUGAUGCAGAUGCAAAUGUGGUUCCUUCAUUGCAGUUUCUUUUCUGCUGGCCAAACGCUUAAUGGUUAACUGAAAUACAAUACAUUCCUUGUUACUUGAAUGUACUAAUUUCC